UUUACUCUUUGAAAGGCGGGGCAUGCGCUGUGCGACCUAACGGAGGUGUCAGUACUUCAAGGAAAGCAGAAGUAACGUGUUCUUGCCUUCUAAAUGUUUGCUUCACUGUGCUUGUUGUAUACACGUCUGCCGUUGGCUUGUUUAUGAAAGACUCAUACUGUGAGUGUUAACAGGAGGUUCGUGGGGUCAUGGUGGGCUAUGACCCUGGUGUGCAGGCUGUGGCUCUCUCCCCGGAGGAGGCAGCCGUCGCUGGUUCAGCUGCUGGUAUGGUCACCAGAGCCCUCAUCAGCCCGUUUGAUGUCCUUAAAAUCAGGUUUCAGCUGCAGAUAGAGCGUGUGUCUUCACAAAAGCGUGAGGGGAAAUACUGGGGACUGUUCCAGGCAGCACGUUGCAUUCAUUCAGAGGAGGGGCUCGCGGCUUUCUGGAAGGGUCACAUCCCAGCACAGCUCCUGUCCAUCUGCUACGGAGCGGUCCAGUUCGCCACUUUUGAGUUUCUGACCGAGGCGGUCCACAAGUCGACGGCGUAUGACAGUCGAGCAGCGGGCGUCCACUUCCUCUGUGGCGGCCUGGCCGCCUGCUCUGCCACAGUGGUCUGCCAACCUCUGGACACGCUGCGGACACGCUUUGCCGCUCAAGGAGAACCAAAGGUAUACAAUAACCUGCGGCACGCCAUCUCCUUGAUGUGGCGCACAGAGGGAACCCUGACAUUUUUCCGAGGUUUGUCACCCACGUUGGUGGCGGUGUUUCCCUACGCUGGACUACAGUUCUUCUUCUAUAAUGUCUUUAAAAAUCUGUUGGCUCCUCCACCCAAAGCUGCAGACUCAAGAGGAAAUCUGAGGAGCUUGGUCUGUGGCAGCGGAGCUGGAAUGAUCAGCAAAACCAUUACAUAUCCAUUUGACCUGUUCAAAAAGAGACUGCAGGUUGGUGGCUUUGACGCAGCCAGAGUUCACUUUGGACAGGUCAGAUGUUACAGAGGUUUGUUAGACUGCAUGCUUCAAAUAGCCAAAGAGGAGGGCGUCCGAGGCUUUUAUAAAGGCCUCUCCCCCAGCCUGGUGAAGGCUGCGCUGUCAACAGGCUUCACCUUUUUUUGGUAUGAAUUUUUCCUCGACACCAUGCGCAACAUGAAGGCGAGGCGGAGACUAAAUGGCCUCACCAAAGACUCAGGGGAGAGGUAAAUGGGUUGGGGGGGGGGGGGUGCAGAUUGGGAAAAUCAUGCAUCAAAAUGCACUUUUGCCACCUUUUUUUUUACUUGCACUGAACAAAAGGAAUAGCUGUUUUUUCUUUUUUACUUAUAAGAACAGGAAAAUAUUACAUUUUUCAAAAAAGGUUUUUGUUUAGUUAGUUACAGAGCUGCAUUUGUGAAAAUAUAUUUAAUCUGGCUCUUUGAAGGCAUCAUGACAUCACAUCUGAUAUUUAAAGGUUGUACAUGAUGUUGUGCAUUAUAUUUGCUAUUUGCCUAUCUCGGCCCAUUUUUAAAAAAAGAAAAAAUAGGAAUACACAUAACAGUAACAUGUAAGACUCAUCUUGGAAGUUUGCAAUUGAUGAACUUGUACUGAGAGUUUUUGAGUUAAAGGUAGAAUAAUGGAUCAUAUUUAAACCGGACGGUGUACAUUUCAUGCUUUGAACACUUUGUUGUGACCUUACAGUUUGCAGGUGUUGUAUCAUCACACUGGGAGAGGGAAUCACUGAUGGAUUAUUAUAAUUAUAAUGGAUUUAUUUUGUGUUUUGUAUUGUGCAUAGAUAAUAUGCAUUUGUUUAACAUGAGGUAUUUAGAAUGAUGUGAAAACUAUUCUGGUCAAUUGAAUCGCACUGAAUAUGGAUAUUUAACACUCGUUCACAUAUUUAAGCGUGUCCUUCUAUGUUAACCUCCCUGAACGGUCUUUCUUUUUUUUGGGGUGUGCUAACAUCACUGUCCUUCACAGACUCUCAGGCCUUUUUUUUCAUACUAAUAAAACGCUGACUUCU